AUGUUAGAAGGUGAAGACAUUAAGCCAAUUGUGUGCGAGAAUGGGACUGAAAUGAUUAAGGCUGGAUUUGCCGGAGAUGAAGCUCCACUAGUUUUCUUUCCUAACAUUGUGGGUCGUCUUCGUCGCAUGCGUGUGAGGGUUGAAAGGCAUCACAUGCGUGUGAUGCUUGGAAGACAGAAAGAUGUCUACGUCGGUAAUAAAGCUGAGAUGUUGAGAAGUUUUUUAAAUUUAAAAUACCCAAUUGAGGAUGGUAUUGUGAGCAAUUGGGACGAUAUGGAGAAAGUAUGGCAUGAAACAUUCUACGAUCUUAGGGUUUCUCCACAAGAUCAUCCCGUUCUUGUUACUGAAGCACCUCUUAACCCCAAGGCUAAUCGUGAAAAGAUGACCCAAAUUAUGUUUGAGACAUUUCACACCCCUUCCAUGUACGUUGUCAAUCAGGCCGUACUUUCUCUAUAUGCAAGUGGUCGUUACAACGGUAUUGUGCUGGAAUCGGGUGAAGGUGUGAGUCACACAGUCCCCAUAUACAAUGGACAAGCCAUUCCACACACAACCUUUCGUCUUGAUUUGGCUGGUCGAGACCUGACAAAUCAUUUGAUGAAGAUCCUGAUAAAAGGUGGUUAUUCAUUUACCAGGGAAAUUGUUAGGGAUAUGAAGGAAAAACUGACUUACAUAGCUAUGGACUACGAACAGGAGAUUAAGACUUCAAGAACCAGUUCUUCAUCAGUUGAGAAAACUUACGAGCUUCCUGACGGUCAAGUGAUCACCAUCGGUGCUGAGAGGUUCCAAUGCCCUGAGAUACUUUUCCAGCCAUCGAUGAUCAUCGGAAUGGAAGCUGCUGCCGGAAUCCACGAGAUGACUUACAACUCCAUCAUAAAGUGUGAUGUGGAUAUCAAGAGGGAGUUGUUUGGACACAUUGUGCUUAGUGGUGGUUCAACUAUGUUCCCUGGUAUUGCAGACAGAAUGAGCAAAGAGAUAAUCGCCCUUGCACCUCAUCGCAUGGAGAUAAAUGUGUUUGCACCUCCCGAGAGGAGGUAUAGUGUCUGGAUUGGUGGAUCUAUCUUUGCAUCUCUAAGCACUUUCAAAAAGUCGUUGAUUAAAAAGGUUGAGUAUGAUGAAUUUGGACCUUCCAUUGUUCACAGGCGUUGUUUGCUUGCUUCUCUAUUAUUCUUCAUCUGUGUCAUUUUGGUUUCAUCGGUACGAAGCUUUGAGCAGCUGUAUUCAUUACAAAUUGCUGCAGUUCCAACCUUUGAAAAGCUCUCACUCAAUUUGGAACUGCCACAAUUACAACCAAAAAUAUUGGUGAAGUAG